UUGACUCUCCUCCGUGUUUUUCUCUCAGCUCAGUGCGUGUCACGUAACUUUGAUCGAUCAGGAACAAUCCUUUAUUUCAUCAGGGCUGUUUUUGUUUACAAGGACAGACCUGUGCCACAGAAACAGAAAGGCUCUAGAAGAAAGCAUGUUGUCAGUGGCAGGCCAGAGACUGAGGGCAUGGCUGGUACCCCAAAAUCCAAUGAACGCUUUGCUGUGUCAGGUGAAGACUCUGACCACAGACUGGACGUUACCAGGAAUAAAUGUCAUCAGUAAGAACACUGUUACCUGCACUCAUGUGUUCCAGCCGUGGGACUUUGAAGAUUUCGAAAAACUCGCCAGAGUUCAUGUGGGGACUGUUGCCAGACAGAUGCCCGUCAUGUCGUACCUGCUGGGAAAUCGUUACUUCUUCCAUCCGCCUGAAGAAAGAAAGACAGAACCUGUUUUCAAACUGGUCUUCACACGAGGUCAAAGGUUUGAGUUCCUGCCCGCGUAUUAUCGCCACCUGGCACCUGGCAAGAGAACAACAGUUACUGAGAAGUUGUGCUCUCUUGGCAACACUUCUUGGGUGACCAUGGCAGAGAUCAGAGAUUACUCCACCAAUGAUCUGAUGGCUAGGGGAAUUUUUCAAAAAAUUAACGUUGAUGCUACUACGCGCAGACCGGAGCCGCUUCCUGAUUGGUUGAAGGAGAGACAUUCAUAUCUUACAUCAUCGGCGCCACGCCCACCAACGGUUCAACCCUUUGAUGUGCCCCAAAUUACCAAGUUCUUCCGAUAUUCCGAAGUUGUGGCUCCUAGGGCCACUGACAUUUAUCAUCACACCAACCAAUCAUCCUACCUUUGGUACGGCAUGGACUGUGCAACUCUGGGAGCAAGAAGGAACGCAUAUUCUGUCAUCAGAGGAGACCUUGACAAGUAUGACCUGAAGAUGUUGGAGGUGUUAUACCAGAAAGAAUCAACAGAGGGCGACGUACUUGAAGUUGAAUCAUGGGAAGACCAAGACAGUCCUGACACACUGAGGUUCCAGAUUAAGAAGGGCGAUAAGAACAUCACACAGUUAACGAUGCAGUUUUACCUACCAACUGUUUAAGAUGUUAACAUGUAGGAUGAACGAAGUUUUUGGAGAUGUGGUGUAGCUUUCUUAGAAUUGUACUAAAUAAGUAACCUGCUCUGUUGUGUUGUGUUCUGUUACAUGCUUGUAAGGAUCCCCAUGCAAACCACAUACUGUAUGUGAAAUACCUGACAUAUGAUGACCGCCAUUCUGUCCAAGACUUGUCAAUUACAAUAUGUAUUAAAAGUAUUUUAGCACAAUGGCCUCUUGAAGGAAUUUUUUUUAAACAUUGUCCAACCA